AUGCUGAAGUAUGGGUUUGAUAGCUUCGAGCAGCCUCCCUCGAACUUCAGCAGCUACUCCCACCAUGAUCCCACCGCGAUACCGUACUCCCCGGGUGCUGCGCGGAAAUACGGAGGGCCCGUUCCGCCCGAUUAUCCAAUGCCGGAUCUGCCUCCGGUCUGCUACCUUCCGCUUCCUCCAUCGCCACUCGUCGUCAGCCGAAAUCUCUCUGGCCACAGUAACGCAUCGGGGGAAUCCGUCCAGACGUGGAACUCGGAAAAGGGCGCCGACGAUUCGUCGUUUUUCCUGAAUGGCACAACGACACCUACCUCCCCACCAGACCCCGGAAUGUUUGAGGCCAACAACGGACAACACCUAUCGACGUACAGUAGUAGCCGCUCCCGUAGUCAUUCUCCACAAAAAAGAGGCACGCCAAAUAAUGGGGAUACGAGGAUCGUAAGCAGGUCGAAAUCCCCACAAAAGCGAAAAGCCAUCGCCCGUACCCUGGACUACCUGAACAGUCAAUGCCAUCUGGAAGGCUGCUCGGCUACGGUGGUUGUGGAGGCGACGAAAUUCCUCGUCUGCAAGCACCAACUCUCCCAUGCUUCCGAAUAUUUUCGAAAUGUUUUCACCGCCGAUGGAGGGCGAAGUGAGGUCAAUGUGGUAGUUUCCGACAUGUCUGUCCCCUCCCCUGCCACUCAAUUCCGAUGGUUCAUCGAGAGCUCGGUACCCUGCCCCGGGUUGAAGGAUAUUAGUGACGAAACCCUGGAGACGUGCAUGCGGUUGGCGAAGCGUUUCGUCGCUCUAGGACUCGAGGCCCGGUGCAGCAAAUACAUCCAUCAAAACGCCCUAUCCAGACAACCAAUCGUCGCGUUAUGUUGGCUGAAUUGGUGUCUCAAGCAUCGAUUCGACCCUACCGUUCAGCAAUCGUGUAUGCCAGCGGUAGCUAGACUCUCCCUAACCAGCCUGGAGCAGCACCGCCACAUGCUCUCCGAGCGCAUCUACGCUGAUCUGCUGGCGGCCAAGCUGAGGGCGUGCUACGAGAAGGCGGUCUCCGUCUUCCAAACAAUCCACCGCAUGGACCACUUCACCUGCGAACUGCCCCAAUGCCCAAGAUGUGGGCGCACGAAGGAACAUAUGAAAGUCAGGGUGCUCGCCAAUCCAUGCAGAAAACUGGUCGGCUGCGAGCGCUGCAUGCGAGACGCCGGAUGUGAAAUCGAAGCAAAAGCCCAGGGCGACCUGCAGGCCUACUACCAAUGCCCCCACGCUCUAUUGCCGCUAAAUGACAACACAGAAGAGUGCCAAUGCCAGACGGCCAGCCUCAGCGCCCACCUUCGCGCGCAGACCGAGCGCAGCAGUCGGCCGCGCCAACGGCUGGCCAGCGAUCGAUCCCAAAAA